GAAGAUGUUGCUGUCCCUGGUGCUCCACAUGUACUCGAUGUGCUGCGUGCUGCCGGCCGCCGUGCUCCUGGGCACGGCUCCCACCUACGUGCUGGCCUGGGGGGCCUGGCGGCUGCUCUCCGCCUUCCUGCCCUCGCGCUUCUACCAGGCGGUGGACGACCGGCUCUACUGCAUCUAUCAGAGCAUGGUGCUCUUCUUCUUCGAGAACUACACCGGCGUGCAGAUAUUGCUGUAUGGAGAUUUGCCAAAAAACAAAGAAAAUAUAAUAUAUUUAGCAAAUCAUCAAAGCACAGUUGACUGGAUCGUUGCCGAUAUUCUGGCCAUCAGGCAGAACGCUCUUGGACACGUGCGCUAUGUGCUGAAAGAUGGGCUCAAAUGGCUUCCAUUGUAUGGGUGUUAUUUUUCUCAGCAUGGAGGGAUCUAUGUAAAGAGAAGUGCCAAAUUCAAUGAAAAGGAAAUGAGAAAAAAGCUGCAGAGCUACAUCAAUGCAGGAACUCCAAUGUAUCUUGUGAUUUUUCCAGAGGGAACAAGGUAUAAUCCAGAACUAACAAAAGUCAUUUCAGCUAGUCAGACAUUUGCUGCUCAAGAAGGCCUUCCAGUAUUAAAACAUGUGCUGACACCAAGAAUAAAGGCAACUCAUGUUGCUUUUGAUUCUAUGAAGAAUUACUUAGAUGCAAUUUAUGAUGUUACAGUGGCUUUUGAGGGGACUGUGGAUGAUAAAGGGCAGCGGAAAGAAGCGCCGUCCAUGGCUGAAUUUCUCUGCAAAGAAUGUCCAAAAAUUCAUAUUCACAUCGAUCGUAUAGACAAAAAAGAUGUCCCAGAAGAACAAGUAUACAUGAAAAGAUGGCUUCAUGAACGUUUUGAAAUCAAAGAUAAAUUGCUUAUAGAAUUCUAUGAUUCACUGGAUCCAGAAAGAAGAAACAAAUUUCCCGGAGAAAGUGUUAAUUCUAAACUAAGUCUCAAGAAGACCUUACCAUCAUUCUUGAUCUUAAGUGGUUUGACUGCUGGUAUGCUUAUGACCGAGGCUGGAAGGAAACUAUAUGUAAAAACGUGGAUUUAUGGAACCUUAAUUGGCUGCUUGUGGGUCAGUAUUAAAGCGUAAACGCGUAGCUGUCUCCAGAGAGGCAAUGGGAUGUGCUACGUUGUUUAUUACUGGCGGCUGCACAUGACAUC